AUGCCUAAAACCCCACGUAAACCAAGACUUCACACUAGAUACACCGCUCGACAUAUCGGCCGCCCUGCGAGAGGCAAUAUAUCUAGAAGACGAUUUCCUGCCUGCCUCCACUCUGCAACCUGUAUGACACUAUCUUCAGGCGCAGGAUACGCUCUGGAGGUGGUUAUGUCGGACAUUACUGACCUCAAGCCUUACACAGAUUGCGGGCCCAUUCUUUGUAUCGCUUGCUCGAGCGACCUUCGCCGUGGGGGUAUCGAAGAAGCCAAUAUUGUGCUCAUAUAUCUUGACGCAUGUUCCACCCGUCGCGCGAUGAAACUGGUACUAGUGAAGUCGGACAUGUACAGUCUCCUGUGUACAAGCGACGAGCUGUGUGACGUAUUAGCUCUUCCAACUCUUUGUCCGGAAGAUAUGGAGUGGUCCAUCGAAAAAGUUGGUGCGACGACUCGACACGAGGCUCUGGGUCUUUCGAAUGCUCAUCCGGAAGAUAUGGAGUGGUCAAUCUAG